GGCGCAUCAGCAAGUGCAACUUCUGUCAGGCGUUUGCGGCGGGAACUCCAGCUCAUUCAGCAGUCGCCAAAUUCGCAGAUAGCCGUCAAGCCCUCCAGCGCAUCUCUGCUGGAGUGGCAUUUCGCCCUGCAUUCUUUGCCCGCUGACAGUCCUUAUCGCGGCGGAUGCUACCACGGAAGGCUGCUCUUUCCCAAUGACUACCCGCAUGCACCACCAACCGUGGUCAUGGUAACCCCCAGCGGGAGGCUGGAGACAGGUUGCCGCCUGUGCCUGAGCAUGACCGAUUUUCAUCCAGAGAGCUGGAACCCUGCCUGGUCCGUGGACACCAUCCUCACGGGCUUGCUGUCCUACUUCCUCUCGGAUGCGGAGUCAGGCUACGGAUCCAUCAGAACUUCCUGGGAGACUCGGCAAUCGCUUGCGGAAGAGUCAUGGGCAGCCAACUUGGCGGAUCCCGAGUUCACGCAGCUUUUUCCCGAGCUUUGCAGUCCCCAGCAGAGGCCGAACUCAGCGAAGCAGGCCACUGGCCAGGCGGAGACGCAGGCUCGCGAGUGUUGGAUCUGUAGAGAUUCCGGCCCUGAGCCUCUGAUCCACCCGUGCGCGUGCCGUGGGUCCAUGAGCGGCGUUCAUGCCUCGUGCGUGGAGCAGUGGAUGAGGCAUCUGCGCAGGGCUGGAGGUGCCGGGCGACCGCGGUGCGGCGUUUGCCGGGAACCGUAUCUUGGCAGGGAGGAGCAGCCGGGAAUCGGCAGCUUUGCGUUUCACUACAUGCAGGACUUUGCAGGGCAGCUGGUGCGGAGUGCUGUCCUGGUGAUGAUGCUGAUGGGCUUCCAAGACUGCCUGCAGGGCAAGGAGGCAGCGUUGCCCCUUGUUUUUCGCGUCCUAUUCGUCCUCCUUUUCGGCUGCGUAACUGUCCACAAAUUUGCGGUGCUGGCGGCAUCAUUGCCACUUCACCGGCCCCCUCCACGCUCGCUGCGUGCAAGACGCUUCUAUACGUCGGACCCACAGCGAUUGGCUCGGCAUGCUGCAGAGGCAUUGACCACCACCUGCGUGUUGGCGGUCUGGUACGUGCGAGGAGAGUUACCCCUAGUGGCCUUCUUGCCUUUCGGGAUAAUUGGCCUCGGCUUGGUACUGAAGAUCUCUGCUGGCGCUUUGUCUUGGUCCUGCUUGGUUGGUCUGCUUCGGAACCUCCUUCGGUGUGCGCUUCUACCGCUGUUUCUCCUUCGACGGAUCGGCUCACUGGCCAUGGAGCCUCAGAUUGCUUGGAGCCUGGUGCAUCCUUUGCAGCCCCUGCCGCAUGGCCUUGUGGCCCUGGUGUCUCUGUUCUUGGCCGUGGUUUUGCCGUCGAACAUCCCAGUAGUCCUGCUAUGGACUGUGCACGCACUUGCUUUAGCAGCAGCUGUUGCAGAGCGGGUGGCAGUGGGGCGCCUCGUUUGGCGUCACGGUGUCGCCUGGAUAUACAUUGCACAGUUGGCCUUCCUUUGCACGUACUUCGUCAACACACUUUGCAGCUUUCGUCAUGGCUUGUCGUCACCAAACGGCACAUGGGUACCGGUGUUGGUGACCUCGUCAGUGUGGUUGAUUACCGUCUUUGCGAUGGCUUUGGCGGUGAACUGGGAGGCAUGUGUGAGGCAUUACCGUGCCUGGCAACGGCAGCACGGCGUCUUUACGCUCGAACGAGGAACGGAGGCCUGGUGCACCACCACGUCCGGGUCAGAUUAG